AUGCCUUUCGUGAAUUGUAUUGAGAUCGAGGGCCAGGCCGUUCGGGAAAGAAGCGAAGGCUUCUGGCGACGUCCGGGGUUGUACAAACGUCUUGGUGUUGCGGGUAUUGCGACUGUAAGUGGCCUGACGUUUACAGGGCUCCUACUACACUUUUUUGGUCCGCACAAUAAGCAUUGGUUCCCCGUGUUAGCACCGAGAAUAGCUACCGACAGUUCCUCUCCAUCGGACACCACGGCCUACAGCUCCUCUCCAACCGACGCGAGGACCCACAACUCUACUCCAUCCGGCACUGCCACCCCAGGCAACACGGCCACCAGCUCUUCUUCGUUGCUCACGACGCGAUUCCUAUCCACGACGCAACUACCGUCCUCGGCGCUCCACCCGUAUGAGGCCGAGGCCUUGAAGUACCAGCGAGCCCUGGCGUACGAUUGUUUAGCCGUGUCCGAGUACGACUUGGUCAACCAGUGCCAUCCGAAUCCCGAAAAGCGCCCCGAGCCAAACAUCGAUGACAUCACGACACUACUUUCUGGAUACGAGUUGGCGACGCUACGAGUACCCCCCGGGACUUGCAACGAUGCGUUUCACCGGAUGAAGCCCCAAUCGAUGGUGAAAGCAGCGCCGGGCGGUUGGAAGACGUUAGACUGGUCCCAGGUCGGCGGCGGCAACAUAGUUUGCACUGACGAGAAUGGUCAAGACGUGACUUGUCAUUAUUUCGGCGAACCGUUCAAGUACGAUUUGCCUACUGUCUGGGAUGCGGUCAACUACUACGUGAAGCCCUACCAGUGCCUGUUUACCGACAACGGAGACACAG